AUGUCGCCUUCAGUACUCUCCGGCGAAAAGACCUACAGCAUCGCGGCAAUUCCAGCGGAUGGAAUUGGGCCAGAGGUGAUCGAGGCUGGAAUUACGGCUCUGAAUGCCUUGACGGAUACCCUCAAGACAUUCCAACUGAACUUCAAAAACUACGACUGGAGCUCCGAGACAUACAAGAAGACCGGCAAAUACAUUCCCGACGGCGGUCUCGACGAGCUUAAGAAGCACGAUGCGAUUUUCUUCGGUGCUGUCGGUGCCCCUGAUGUCCCCGACCACAUUUCUCUCUGGGGUCUGCGACUGGCCAUCUGCCAGCCCCUGCAACAAUAUGCCAACGUGCGCCCGACCCGCGUGUUCCGCGGCACGGAGUCGCCGCUGCGCAAAUGCCAGCCCGGGGAAUUGGACUGGGUGAUCGUCCGCGAGAACAGCGAAGGCGAAUAUGCGGGCCAGGGUGGCCGGUCUCACCAGGGGAAGCCGUGGGAAGUCGCAACAGAGACGUCGAUCUUCUCGCGCCACGGCGUGGAGCGCAUCAUGCGCUUCGCCUUUGAGACGGCGCAGAGGCGGCCGCGCAAGCUGUUGACGGUUGUCACGAAGAGCAACGCGCAGCGCAACGGGAUGGUGCUGUGGGAUGAGGUGGCGAAGUCUGUUGCCAACGAAUUCCCUGAUGUCACGGUCGACAAGAUGCUGGUUGAUGCCAUGACCACUCGUAUGGUUCUCAACCCGAAGAGUCUGGAUACAAUUGUGGCCACGAACCUGCACGCGGAUAUUCUGUCUGAUUUGGCCGCUGCCCUGGCUGGGUCAAUUGGUAUUGCGCCUACAUCGAAUCUCGAUCCCACGCGCGAGUACCCGAGUAUGUUUGAGCCCAUCCACGGUUCUGCGUUUGAUAUCACCGGCAAGGGUAUCUCGAACCCCGUGGCCACCUUCUGGACUGCGGCAGAGAUGCUCGCCUGGCUUGGAGAGGAUGAUGCCUCCAAGAAGCUGCUGGACUGUGUGGAGAAUGUCUGCGAGCAGGGAAUCCUCACUCGCGAUCUGGGUGGCCAGGCUACGACGAAGCAGGUCACCGAUGCGGUGGUGGCGGAGAUCAAGCAGCUGACGCCGGGGAAAUAA